CUCACCCUUAUAUUUUAUUUUUCUACUAUAUUCAACUCUCAUCUCUACUUUGUCCUAAUUAAUACAUUUAUUAUUAUUUUUAGUUAAUCAUCUAGUUAAAGAGGUGAUCAUUGAUCAAUGGCCAAAGGCCGGAGAUUAACCUCGAGCCGAAGCGAACGGUUACUUGGUACCGGAAACUACCAUAGCUACCACAACCACAACCACGGAUACGGAUUUCAUGAAAAUGGCACCGUAUCCGAGGUGUCGGAAUUUGCGGAGGAGGAUGUAUGGUCAAUAGUGGACGACAACUCGGAUAAUUAUAACCACCAUCAUCACGAGUGGGAUCCACGCGCCGCCGUGGAGAGUGAGAGAAGGAGGGUGGCAUCAAGUGUCACGUUCCGCCAGGAAGACAAGCACGUGGGGGGAUUGUCCUUGGCAUUUGAAGACAAAACGGCGCCGUCAUCUCGUAGGAUUCUGCACCAAUAUGGAGGUGCCACGGGGACCCCACGAGUGGUAGGCGCAAAUAGGCAUGUGGCUACGUCAGCUCCUGUAAACGUUCCUGAUUGGAGUAAGAUUCUCCGAGUCAACUCGGUUGAGUCGAUGCAUGACUCGGAUGAGGAUGAUCGAGUUACUAACUCGGUCAUGGAGCCACCCCAUGAGUACUUGGCUCGGAGUAGACAAAAGAAUGCAUUUUCGGUUUUUGAGGGCGUAGGUCGAACCCUUAAGGGUCGAGAUAUGAGUCGAGUUCGUGACGCAGUUUGGAGUCAAACCGGUUUUGAAGGGUAAAUAUUAUAUUAUAUUAAAUAAUAAAUUACGCAUUGAAACAAAAUAUUAGUGUAAUUUUUACCUCUCUUUAUUUUCCUAAGGUGCCUUAAAAUUAGUUAAAAAAUAUGGAUUAGGAACUAUUUUUUGAACAAGAGGGAGAAGAUAAAUGAUGAGGAGCCACUCGGUAGUGAGUCAACUCAGUGAGUUAGCAAGUAUUGGAAAAACUAAACUGCCUAGUGCUGCCUAAAGCUUCCCCAAUAUACUCUCCUUCUUCUCUGUCUCUCCUUUUUAGCUGGAAUUUGGCAAAAUUGUCUUAGUAUUUGUCAAUUGUCAGUAAUAAUUUUUACUCUUGGUAAUUUUGACAGAAGGAAAUUUGUAAUUUACUAGAUUUUUUAGAGACAAUAAUUGAAAUUGUAGAGUGAUGGUGAAAGUUUUUUGGAUCAA